CCGUUGUCGAAUGUGCGAAUUCUUGCGCUAUUUUGGGGGGUGGGAAGCAUCGUAGCGAUACAAAGGAAUAAUAACCCAUCUUUGGUCCAAAGUUUUUAUUGGGCAUGAAAAUAUGGGGCGACGGGAUUUUAAAUAUUCGGGAUAUGGGGGAUCGGGUUGGAGUUCGCUACAUGACCGCACCGAGCUGAGUUUGGAAAGUGCUGGAAGCCAAACGGAAGAGCAGUUAGAGUUACGCCCGUUUUUUUGUGCUCUGGCGGGCAGGGAGGGGAAGAGCGAUGGCGGCGACUGGCGGCUUGCCGGCUCUUUUGCCUUGGCAGAGCCAGUUGGAUUACGCGCUGGAGGAUGCCACCGCGCUUCAAGAGAAGGAAAACUUGGUGUAUCAGCACGUGAAAAAGGUGGACGGAUGGGAACGGGAUUUGAAAGUGCCCGAGUUUGGAGCAGAUUUACAGUGGCUGAACACUGAAGGUUCACUUUCUUUAUAUGAACAUCUUUGUGGAAAAGUAGUGGUAUUAGAUUUCUUCACCUACUGCUGCAUCAAUUGCAUCCAUAUUUUACCUGAUCUUCACGAUUUAGAGGAGAAGUACUCUGAUAAAGAUGGUGUCCUUGUUAUUGGUGUUCACUCAGCAAAAUUUCCAAAUGAAAAAGUUUUGGAUAACAUCAAAAGUGCUGUUCUUAGAUAUAACAUCACUCAUCCUGUGGUAAAUGAUGUUAAUGCAACCCUCUGGCAUGAGCUAGAAGUGUCCUGCUGGCCAACCUUGGUAAUUGUUGGACCUCGUGGCAAUAUCUUGUUCAGUCUGAUUGGUGAAGGGCACAAGGACAAACUAUUUCUAUUUACAUCUAUAGCUUUAAAAUACUACAAGGAACAAAAGGAAAUUAAUAGUAAUAGAAUUAGAACACAGUUAUAUAGAGACUCUUUGUCACCUUCACCUUUGCUGUUCCCUGGAAAAAUUGCAGUAGAUAGUUCGGAAAACACCUUGGUAAUAGCAGAUACUGGACAUCAUAGGAUUUUGGUUGUGAAAAAAAAUGGUCACAUUCUGCACAUCAUUGGAGGACCAGACAGAGGAAGAAAUGAUGGAAAAUUUUCAGAAGCAUCAUUCAGUUCUCCACAAGGAGUUGCCAUAAAGAACAGUAUUAUUUAUGUAGCAGAUACUGAAAACCAUCUAAUUAGAAAGAUUGACCUGCGGUUGGAGUUAGUGAGCACUGUUGCAGGAGUUGGAAUACAAGGCACUGAUAAGGAAGGAGGAGCCAAAGGAGAUGAGCAGCCUAUUAGUUCACCAUGGGAUAUAACUUUUGGAAGCUUAGCAACUCACGAAGAUGGUGUUCUUUGGAUUGCCAUGGCAGGCACACAUCAAAUCUGGGCGCUUAUGUUGGAAUGUGGAAAACUACCUAAAGGAAGUGAUUUGAAGAAAGGAACUUGUCUUCGAUUUGCUGGAAGUGGAAAUGAAGAGAACCGAAACAAUGCAUAUCCCCACAAAGCAGGCUUUGCUCAACCUUCUGGUCUCUCUGUUGCUGCUGAAGAUCCAUGGAAUUGCCUUUUUGUUGCAGAUAGUGAGAGUAGUACUGUGCGAAUAAUUUGUCUAAAAGAUGGCAGUGUGAAACUCCUUGUAGGAGGCGAGAGAGAUCCAAUGAAUUUAUUUGCUUUUGGUGAUGUUGAUGGAGCUGGGACGAAUGCAAAACUACAGCACCCACUAGGAGUAGCUUGGGACAAGAAAAGAAGCCUCCUUUAUGUUGCAGAUUCCUAUAAUCAUAAGAUUAAAUUUGUAGAUCCCAAAAUGAAGAAUUGUGCCACUUUAGCAGGUACAGGAGAAGCAAGCAACAUAAUUGGGUCCAGCAUUACCACAUCAACUUUUAAUGAACCAGGAGGGCUAUGUGUUGAAGAUGGAGGACAGUUCCUUUAUAUUGCAGAUACCAACAACCAUCAAAUUAAAGUGAUAGAUUUAGAAACCCGUACUGUUUCACUGCUUCCCCUUCUACACGUUGACACAGUAGACACUAUAACUACAGGGAGUAUUAAAAUGACUGAUAAAGCAGAACUACCAAGGCUCCCUAAAUCGGCUUCACAUUUACAGCUACCUUCAUUGACUGUAAGUCCAGGCCAAGCUCUUCAGUUCGUGCUGAUGCUCAACUUGCCUCCAAAUGCCAAACUGACUGAAGAAGCACCUAGCUCCUGGUUUUUUACUGCAGAAGGUAAUGAAUGGCUACUUUGUGAUCCUCAUAGAUCUGGGACAAUUGCAGACAUAUUUGAACAGCCUAUAAUCCCAUUUCAGCUACCCACUAACUGCCUGUCAGCCGACGCUUUAUUGUCAAUCAAUGUGUGCCUCUAUUACUGUAGCAAAGACAGUAAUGCCUGCACGAUGAAAGGAAUCUCAUUCAACCAGCCUUUCCAUAUAGCAAAUGUAAACCAAAAAAGUAUAGCUCCAAUUGAGCUCACAUAUACAUUUUAAUUUUAAGCACAGCAAAGCAGAAAAACAUUUAUAGGCAUAUUUACUAUUGCCUAAUUUUUACCGCAAUACUAUAUGUGUUAUUACAUGUAUGAACUUAAAGCAAACCUUGCAAAAACAUAUGUUUGCAUAAAUGGAAUGUGAGAAAUCAUGAAACUAUCUAAAUCUUAGUACCUUGUUAACUUAUUGUAUAAGCAAUAAAUACUAAAGAGUUGGAAUCACUGUGGGGGGAAAAAUCUAAACAUAGAAAAGAUCAAUUUCUAUCUUCAGAGCACAGUCUUAAUGUUGGAAAUUCACAUUUGUUUGAUUUUUUUCCCUGUGUUAUAUAAACAUUUGUCAUCACAUGUGUUCUGGACCAGGAGGCCUUGCUCGCUGUCACUCAUGCCUUAAUCACCUAUCUGUUGGAUUACUGCAGUGUGCUCUAUAUGGACCUACCUUUGAAGAUCACCCAGAAGUUACAACUGGUCCAGCAUGCAGCAGUGUGUGCUUGAGCUUUGCCUAUGUUUUACCAUUGCUGCACAAGCUGUACUAACUUCUUGUUGUUUUCUGGGUGCAAUUCAAUGUUGAUUACUACUUUCCAGCCUUAAAUGGCUGUAGGACCACCUCAAGGUUUCUGUUCAUCCUACCAGAUCAGAUAACAUGGUUUGUCUAAGUCCCUUUUCUUAAAUAUUACCUCUGGUGGGACUUUUAAGACACAGUAGCUGCCCUGACCCUUUGGAACAGCCUGUCCCUUGAGAUUUACCCUUUAACUUCUGAAGGGCUUUGAAGACCUAGCUCUUCACUCAGACUUUUGGCUAGGAUAGAAGUGAGCCAGAAAAUGUAAGUUUAUGAAUGUUGCAGCAGUGUGGUUGACUACAUGGUGGUGAGAGUUGGUUAGUUGCUAGGAUUUUUAUAUAUAAGAAAGAUUGCCUUAUAGGUUUUAUAAAUAAGUCUUCAGCUUUUUGUUUCAAAUAAAAGCAAAAUAAUGACAAGUAAAAUAUGCAGUGAAAAAUAGUUUUUAACAUAAACUUACGUUUUUUUAAAAAAAUAAUGACAUUUAAACCACACAUUCUACAUAUAUUUGCUAAUGACUUAUACAGAGUAAUUUCUAUGCAAAAGCUAAGUGAAUUGAUAUUUAUAGCUAAAAACAAUAUUUUAAAUAAAAUCUAAACAAUUAAAAGGUUGAAAUAAUUAGUUUUUUAAAAAACAAUUCUACAUUCUAAUUUCUUACUGCUUGUCAAGGCUUGUUUCGAAAGAGACACUAGUAUGGGGGAGUGUAGUGGGAGGGUAUUGUAGGGUAUGGUGUAGUAUGGGGUAUGGUAUAGUAAAAGUUUUAAAUAAUAUUUACUAUCAUAAAGAAAAGAUAUAAAACAUAUUACAUUCCAAAAAUAAUACAAUUGUCAACAUUGUAUAGAAUUUAAUACUUCACUAGCAAUCUGUCCUAUCAUGCAAACUAUUUGUAAGAACUCUUAAAAGUGCAAUUGUGUGUGAUAAAAAAUAGCAGGCAUGGUGUUAUUCUUUGCUUUAUGAAAAGUUUAUUCCCCUUAUAGGUUUUUUAUG